UGUAUCUGUUGUCAAAGCGGUCAUAAUUGCACAGAAGAGCGGCUUUAAAAGGCGGCGGCUUCCAGUAAUUGACGCAAAAUUGUGUAUCAAGCAGCCAAAAAUCAUUAUUUUACGGAUAUCAAACCAAUCGGCAAUCGGUGUGCGAACGAGCGGAAAAAUAAACCCAUAUCGGCGACAAAAACAGAAAAACAAGCGAAAGACAUUGUGUGAACUUACAAUCAGGCACAACAACAUCGCGCCGUGUGAUUUAUGAGUUCAUGUUUAUUUUGGAUUUGUUUGAUUCGGUCGAUGUUUUUUCUUCUCUUGUAUGUGAUGUCCAAUGUAUCAUAGAAAUAACAACGCAACGAAUGUGCAGUAAAAUUGUCACCGAUUAAAAUUGUGUGUUCCAAUAUUUUGCGAGACAAGGUGCUAACGCGUGUUGAAUUGUGUGUGUGUAAACAGUGUUUGAAAUUGAUUUUUAGCAUAAUUUAUUGGUUCAUCAUUCAUUUCAGGUACGCAGCAAACGGAAAAAUGUAUUAAGUAAACGAAUGUGUUUUUUUUUUCAUCUUGAAUUCGGCGACAAAGAGCUAUGCGAAUGUGUUUGUGAAUUAAUUACGUCUGAAAUGCCGGUCGAAUAAUUUGUUUCAACUUUGACAUAUUAUCGAAUUGAAGGCAAAAAAAUUCGAAAGAAAGUUACGAUUUCCAUUUCCAGUCAAUCAUUUAAUAACGAGUUUGUUUCGCCUUUUUAAACGUCUAAUUGUGAUGAACGAAUGAUUUCAUAAUUCGUGCAAUUCGCAAUAUGCACAGAGACAGAGAGAAAGAGUGAGAAAGAAGAAAGACGAGUGAAUCAGCCGAUGUGUACGCUUCAUGCGCACUCAUUGUGUGUGUGUGUUGGAUGUUUGUGCUUCAAUUGAAUGGUUUAUAGUUGAACAAAUUAACUGAAAUUGAAAUGAAUAACAUAAUAAUAGUCAGCGACCGAGCGCGGUCAAGACUCUCCUUCCAUCUAUAACACACAGAUUGAUAAAGAAAUUGAGAGAAUGACUAAAAGCCAAUAAGACUGAACCGCAAACAAAGAACAAAGAAUGAGAAAGAAAUUGAGACAAGAAAUGAAAGCAAUUUGUUCAGCUGCAAUCGACAUGCCGUAAUUCUCGUGUGGAUACACGACGACUUAACGUUUUCCUUUUUAAUUGAUUUUUAUGAUAAUUUCGUUUCAUUCCAUCUUAUUUUAAAGUGUCGUUGUCCGAAUUCAUCGACCGUCGUCAUCAAUCGAUGCAUUCUUUCGUGUUUGAUUCCAUUUCAUCGACUUUUCAAACCAAAUUUAGCUAACCGAAGUCUAUCUUAACUCUAUGUUCAAACGAAUUCUUUCAAAAUGAAAACUAAUAUAUCAUUCAUGUUUACAAAAUAACACUUAUAUCAUUCGGUUCCCGCAGUUAUACAAAUAGAAACCGAAAACUAAACAAAAUUGAAAUACCAAAAGUCGAAACUGUUCGCUUGCCCGUAGCUCUGUCUCUCGAAAAAUUCUAAAUCGAAAAUCUCGCAAUGAGAUUUUGGCGUUAUAAAUAUAACGUAUUAACGAGCCAAAUGAGAUGGAUGGAAAAUCUGAUGCGAUCGACGGCUCGAGCCUAGCAUAUAAAAGAGCAAACGGCCAAGAGCGAAGGAGAGUGAGGGACGACGUAAGAGAGGGAGAGAGAAAGAGAGAGAAAGAGAGAGAGAGAGAGAGGUGGAAAGCAGAAGGAAAUCAAAUAUGUUGGGAUUUUAAAGUCGUUCACAAGAACCACAUCAAUUCUAUAUUUAUACAAAGUCAGAGUGAGAACGGAUAUAAAUACGAUGGCCCGUGUGUAAAUAAAGCGCACGUCAUGAAUACACGGACUCAAUUUCACUCACUCACUCGCUCGCUCUCUAUCUAAAAUGCUCGGUUAUAUGCUGCAAAUUCGGUGUGUGUAAAGCCGAAUGCUCGAUGAAAUAAAAAAAAACCAACGGCGUUAAAUGUUCGUGGUAUUUUCAGUGCGAGAUGAGAUUGCUGAAAAUUUAGAGAUAGAGAGAAAAAAGUAAACAUGGUUUCGGUUGCUCUUAGCCCCCUUUAAAAUGUGCGUUUGUGUCGCUGUUUUUGUGUCAGUAUCAAAAAAGAGAUGAUGGUUUAUUAUUUCAAUAUCAUGACGUCAUUGGAUACCUUUUCAUCUUCUCAGAGUUCGAAGGAUGAAUUGGUACACAGAUUGAUGUAGUUUUUUUAUUUCGUUUUUCUUUUCUUCAAAAGAAAUGUUCAAAACAACCUCUCUUCAAAAUAACCCAUCACAAGAGUUGAUAUUCAUUGCUGUUUAUAUAUAUCGAGAUAAUACGAUUAAAUUUAUUAACGCAUUAAACCGCUUGAGAGUGCCUUUCAAGCCGAUGCGAGUGGCUUUAAUUGAGACGGAAUUCCAAAAAUCUUCACAACAAUUGUAAUUGAUUCACACGUACCGCAUUAUUAUAUUCUGUUUUUUUUCCUCUUCGGGUUGCAUUCGAGUGACUUUUUUUCCGCUGUUCAUUCAAGAACAACAGUCGUAGUAUUCAAGCAGCGACACGACACGACAAGACAGCUACACCAGUAACAACAACAACAACAACAACAACAACGACGACGACGACAACGACAGUCAACUAAUAAUUUCAGUUUGCACAUUGGUUCAGUGAAUCUCGUGUGCAGAGAGAAUAUCUGCACGUAUUAAUCAAAGAGUUAUGUCAUCUGGACGACCAAUAAAAUGCGUUGUUGUUGGCGACGGCACAGUGGGAAAAACUUGCAUGUUGAUCUCCUACACAACAGACAGCUUUCCCGGCGAAUAUGUACCCACAGUCUUUGACAACUAUAGCGCUCCAAUGGUGGUGGAUGGUAUUCAAGUCUCACUCGGACUAUGGGAUACCGCUGGCCAAGAGGAUUACGAUCGAUUGCGACCUUUGUCAUAUCCACAGACUGACGUUUUUCUCGUCUGUUUUAGUGUUGCAAGCCCGUCAUCAUUUGAGAAUGUCACAUCGAAAUGGUAUCCGGAAAUAAAACAUCACUGCCCCGAUGCACCAAUGAUCUUAGUUGGUACCAAAAUAGAUUUAAGGGAUGACAGAGAGACGUUAAGUGCUUUAUCGGAGCAAGGUUUGUCGCCGUUGAAGCGCGAACAAGGUCAAAAAUUAGCCAAUAAAAUUAGAGCCGUAAAAUAUAUGGAAUGUUCAGCGCUAACGCAACGAGGACUAAAACAGGUAUUCGAUGAAGCUGUUCGAGCCGUUUUGAAACCAGAACCAAUGAAACGGCGUCAACGAAAGUGUAUCGUCAUGUAAAUCUUCUUGUUGUACAAUCUGAAACCCAACACAAUAGCCACCGUCGAGUUUUGUUCUUCUACCGUGCGAUCACAUUGCGCGCAGAAAAUCGUUCUCUCACAUAUAGACCGACACACACACACACACACGCCGCCAAAUUCAAACACAACCGAAACAAAUAUGCAAUGGUGUCGCAUCACGAACCAAACAAAUACUCAAUUUUUUUCCAUGGAAUUUCGUAAUCUCAGCCCAAUUUUUUAUAUACCUUUGUUAUACAUCGAAGUUAAGGCUUAAAACUUGCAUUUAUUUAUUACGAAACCGUUUUACUCUCUUUGUAUUUUGUUUUUUAAAAAUUGUGAUGGCAGCUACUAUUCGUUCACAGUUCAUUUUACAAUCUCUAUGAUAUGAUGGGGUGGUAGAGAGAAAAAAAAAACGAGGAGAUUUUUCAAAAAUCUUACAAUUCACUACAGUGAAAUAGACGGAAAAAAGGGGAAAGCAAUCAUUCACAAAAUGCACAUAACUGUAAAGCACAUUUCAAAAUACACAAACACAACAUACACACAAUCACGUAAAUAUUAAGAACACUAUACACACACCACACCACACCACACCACACCACACCACACCACACAAACACACCACCUCACACUAACACAUUCAAAGUGAACAGAUGCAUUUUUAUGACAGCAACAAUAUUUUUUUAAAAGACAAAAACAAAUCUUUCUAAAUCUAUGAGGAAAAGAAUUUACUGAAAAUGCGCAUGUUUUUGCAAACUUACACAAUUCAAUUUUUUUCUACUAAAAAUUAUACAAAAAAAGAAGAAGAAAAAAAAACCUUUAAAAGAAUAUGUUAUUGUGCCAUAGAAGCAUCUAAAAAUCCUUCAUUUAGUUUAUCUAGUAAACAUGUAAUCUUUAAGAGACAAUUAAUCAAAGUUUUUUCUAAGUUAAGGGGAUUAGAUUAAACAAAAAAAAAAACAAUGACAAACUAUGGAAUUGCAAAUGUGAAUGAAUAACAUCAGUUCUGUUAAUGCAAAAAAAAUCAAAAAUAAAAAAAAACAAAAUGGAUUUGAAAAAAAAA